AACCCUAACCCUAACCUGCAAAACACGAUCACCUCUUCUUCCUCUUUCAGGAAACCCUAGUUGCAGAACUUCAAGCUCAAUCCCCAAAAUGCCCCUCCAAUCUUCAUUCUGAAUUUCUCCAUCUCCUCCCGAUUUCUCUCACUGGAAAAAAACACUAAGAAGAAGAAAGACCUAAGCAUGUCUCUCGAUGCUGCUAGAAAGGAGCCGCAACAGCAAGCGCAGGCGACCACUGGACACAACCGUAAUGGCGUCUCCGUUUUACCUAACGUGGCGAUGCACCGGCUGAGGUUGAACCCUAACACUGAGCACAAGCCCGAUAGUUACGACGACCUGCAACUGGAUUUCAGUCCCCUGUUCUUCAGCUCCCUUGAGCCUUACUUGCCUCCGUAUAUGCUCGCCGUCUCCCGCGAUGCCAAGCUCAAGUACAUGCGCGAUAUUCUCCUGCGGUACUCUCCCGAGGGUGAACGAAAUCGCGUUCAAAGGCAUCGGGAAUACCGUCAAAAAAUCAUAACAAACUAUCAGCCUCUGCAUAAGGAACUGUAUACCAUGAAUGCCACAAAUUUCUUUGUCCCCUCAUUUCUUAAUGCAAUCACUGAGAAUAGAGAGGAAAGUUUUAGAAGUAUAAUGGCUGAACCAGUUAAAGGAGUUUUUACUUUUGAAAUGCUUCAGCCACAAUUCUGUGAGUUAUUGUUGUCUGAGGUAGAAAACUUUGAAAGAUGGGUAUAUGAAACGAAAUUCAGAAUCAUGCGGCCAAACACAAUGAACAAAUUUGGUGCUGUUUUAGAUGACUUUGGUCUGGAGGCCAUGCUUGACAGAUUGAUGGAAGACUUUAUCCGCACUAUAUCCAAAGUCUUCUUUCCUGAAGUUGGUGGGGCCACACUAGAUUCUCAUCAUGGUUUUGUUGUGGAAUAUGGAAUUGAUAGAGAUGAAGCACUUGGUUUCCAUGUGGAUGAUUCUGAAGUCACCUUGAAUGUUUGCUUGGGUAAACAAUUUUCUGGUGGGGAUUUGUUCUUUCGAGGUGUUCGGUGUGAUAAGCAUGUGAACACAGAAACCCUUCGAGGGGUAGGUUAAUCUUUUACUAUCCAUUGUUUCUCAAUGCAGAUAUUUGAGGCAAAUUAAACUGAAGUUUUCCCUUGGCAAGCUUAAUCUCUCAGAUUUUUAGCUUUUCUAUUGUGUAAAGCAUCAAAUAAUUUUUUUUUAACCAA